AUGAACACUAGAUAAAUGUAGAAUGUAAAUCAAAAGGUUAUUUUAAAAAGAAUUGAAAUUUUAACAAUCCUAGAAUUUACUAUAAAUUGGAUACUUUGCAUUAUGUAGGAAUAUUGGGUGCAUUCAUGGUUCUUCUCUAUAACUGUAUAGUAAUGUAUUAAAUAUCAUAGAUAUUUACUUAUCUCAUUUUAAACAUACUUGAAAUUCACAUCCUGGGGUACUCUAAAUAAAUAAUUCCCCUCCAUCUCCUCUUACUGUAAUUAUCCUUUCUAAACUAAUAGAUGCAUUUCCUUUUUACUUACUUUACUGAUAAUCACCAUUAUAGUUUAUGGGAUACAAUUUAAAUUAAUUCUGCUUUUCUUUUAAAUUCCAAUAGUUUUCCUAAAAACAAGACUCAGAUCAUUGGCAUUGACAGGACACUCCGAUCGCUAAUAACACAUAUAGCUUGAUACAUCACAUGCCUAAUGA